UCCGUGUGGAGCGCUCGCUCAACUCCCUCUCAGCUCGCGGUUCAAAAGAAGCACACGCAUGCACAUUGAUUAGAAGAGCGGGGCGGGCUCCUUGGAGUUAGUGGAUCAUAGAGAAGUUGCCUGGUCACCCCACUAAACGUGAGGCCAAAGGAUAAAAAGCGCUUUAGUAGACUGACCGGAAACUAGUCCGUGUCUUUUGGAAUGGCAGACCUCGGUGUUUCUCUGUUCCUGCUGACAGGGACCGUGUUUCUGAGCGAAGUGACGAGGAGGACUGCAGUUAAACUGUUUGCCAAGUCGGAUUAUUGUCCAUACGUGUUGGAAAUCAUUUCGACCUUCCAGCUAUGCGCUUGUACACACGAGUUGAAACUACUAGCUGAAGUGGGCCGAGUAGAUCUGCAGGUCGGGCUGACCCUCACGUAUCUCAUCACUGUGGUCCAUGGGCUGACGUUCCACGGAGCCAUCUGCAACCCCUCUGGCACCCUUGAAAGUGUCUACCGUAGGAGACUCACCGGUAGAUGCGCAGUAGUGCUGAUUGUGUGCCAGUUUCUUGCUGCCAUGGUGGCACGCUGUGUAGUGCCAUAUGUAUGGGCACUGGGGUUGUCAGAUAUGCACGCUAGGCACAAACUGUUCGGAUUUAAAUGCAUCAGUCCGAUUAAUGCUCCGCUUUUGAAGGCUACUGCAGUUGAGCUGGGAUGCGCUUUCGCCGUGCACUCUGCUGCUAAACGGAUGCAAAAAGUCGACGACAAAUACAAAAUUCAUCUAAUAGCAGCUGUAAUCACAAUCGUGGUCUAUGCAGGAGGGAGUAUCACAGGAGCAGUGUUCAACCCAGCACUGGCGUUUUCAACACAGUUUCCAUGCAGCGGGAACACCUUUACUGAGUACUCAUUGGUGUACUGGUUGGGGCCAGUGUUAGGCAUGGCCGGCUCAGUGCUGCUAUUCGACAAAAUUAUCCCGAUGGUAUCUGGGAAGAGCACUUACCGCGAUGACCUGCACCCCAAUGGCUUCCAGGAGAAGAAGAAGAACUGAGCUCCAAACUGGACAUCUCUCCACUGUUGGACCCAGCAGUGGAUUACUGUACACAUCUCCUAAGCAUCCGUGAGCUCACUUAGUCAAUAAUUAUAGCGCACAGUGUAGGCCUAAUCAAUGGGAGUGGAUGUUUUAGUGUGUUAACUGACAUGUACCUCAUCAACACCAUUUUUUCACUUUUAUAACUUUUUUGAGCCAAACCAUGUUGAUAUAUGGUUGUGAAUAUAGGUUGUGAAUAUAAGUUCAGAAGUAGUGUUGAGAUAUCAUGGCUAUUGUAAUUUGUUUAAUUGAACAAUAGUAUAGAGCUUGAUAGCAUAAAAAUAUCACAGGGUAUAACAUCAUAACUGGAAGAAGUUAUCAUCUUUAGGCUUGUAAUGGCACAAGCAGCUGCUAUGUUCAUUUAGAGAAGACAAGCCUCACUGAAAUUAGAUUCUGACCUACAGAGACUGUGCAAACAUAGUUCUGUUUUAUUUCAUUUUAUGUUAUUGUCUCAAUGUUUUGUCAGUGUCCUCUUACAAUGGUUAAGUUAUCUAUUACCGUUCUUGUUCUUCAUCAUGUAACUCUUAAGUUGAAACAUUCCCUUUUAAAGAAGCACAUGAGGACUAGCUGGAUAAGUAUGUUAUAUAAUGAGGAUUUUUACAUUUGAUGAGUGUGUGACGUUUAAGCACAGUUUUUCUUGGUGCCUUUGGAACUUUAGCAAGGAGUCUCGGGGCAAGCUGAUCCUUCUCGAGCCUGACCAUUAGUAAACAAUACCAUGGCAAACCAUUAGUGUGCCAUAUACAGUUAACCGUUUAAGCCAAAGAUGGUGAACUUGUCUUUUAGGCAAGCAGAGGCUCGGCCACUCACUGCACAUGUCAUACGUGAUACUAAUCAAUUUUAAAUGUGGUUGUUGGUCUUCCACUGAAAUCGGUUGUUAUCAACCAAUUACAGCAUUUAUAACAAUGUAAGACAUUGUAAUAAAUCAGUUCAUUUUGUUAUAGUGUUGAGUAUGAAAAAUGUAUUUUAUGCGAUUCUAAUAGUAUUAUAAUAGACAUUUGAUUGUUUAUGUAUGCUUUGCUCCAGGAAGACAGACUGCAAUUAAUAUUUUAAAUUGCUCUACUUGAAAGAGAAGUGUCAAAAGCAGUUUAUUAUCCAUAGCAGGCCCAGCCGAUCUUGAAGUCCAUGUGAAGUAGCAGGUGUCCUAUACAGGGUAUACGAGACAGAAACAUGUGUUACCAGUUGCCAAUUUUUGGCAACACUUUUCGCUAGUUAAGGUGAAGGUGCAAGAUUGGGACAAUUUCUUUGAAUUUCUUUGAACUUUAUGAUAUGAAAAUAAGGAACUUGGGGUGGGGGGGGUGGAUCUCAAUCCCAGACGCCUCAAGAGGUGCUGUUUCGCGGGAUCGAGUCCGUGUGGCCUGUGCAAGGCGUGUGCAAGGCUGAACAGCGCAGGUUCCAAACAACGCAGGUUACAAUAGCAAGUCCAAUAUGUUUAGGGAAAAAUAUUUUUGUCACUAAAAUUAAUGAAUAAUUGUAAUAAAUAACUGUAUAUUGAUCAAAAUAAUUGUGUUUAUUACUUUGGCCGUAAUCGUGCAGCUGUUUUAACUAUUAUAUUAUUUAACAUCAUGUUUUGCAUUUUCAUGCACUGGUUAAUCCUUGGAAUUGCAUUUCUAGUUUGAGUAGGCCUAUUACUGCUUGGGACAUUUCUCCUCCACAUAAAAUUAGAGAAAAACUUUCAGUGACUGAAACAAACUGUCUCUACACAGGAAACCACUGGUGUAACUGCCGUGUCUCCUACCUACGCUGGCUGGCUGACUGACAAAUGUCACGUAUGCUUUUGGUUUGCAUGUAGCCUGUAGCCCCAUAAAGUGUAAGCUACA